AUGCGAUUCCUGUCAGUGUUCAGCGGCCUCCUGCUUGCUGGAGCCGCAGUUGCCCAGAAUUCUAGCUGCUCACCUACUUCGUCCGAUGCCGAUGUCGUGAAAUACGCCUGGGUCGUGCAAUCGCUUCUGGAGAGAUUCUAUUCCUCCCAGCCUCUGAACACCACGUUCCUCAGUGACGCCACUAACAGCUCCCACGCGGAAUACUACGCCAAUCUCCAAGGAAUUCAGAGACAGAACCGUCUGGGUGUUCGUGCUAUCCAGCUUCUCAGUGGCAAGGUGCCAGAUUUCUCUCCCCCUUCAUGCACGUUCACCACCCCCAAUUCCACCAGCGGCGAGGAUUUCGUGAGGAACGCGCUCGAUCUUGAAUCUAGCGCCUCUGCUGCUUUCAUCGGUGCCACUGGCUAUACCCAGUCUCCCGAGGUCUCCUUCAUCCUCUCCAGACUGGCUGCCCAGCACGCUGCCGAUGCCGCCUGGCUCGCCGGGGAGCAAACGGGGGUCGUGUUCCCAACCAACACCACCUCCCUAAUUCCAGCAUACAACCCUUCAUACGUGCUCUCAAAUGGAACCGAAACAGGCAAGCUCGGCCAGUACCUCGGUGGCUGCGUAACCCCGCCAACUAGUCCCUGCGGACAGUUUUUCAUCGGAUCUCUCAUUGGUAGCUUGGGUAACGCUACCGCUGCCAGUGCAGGUAUCACUGGUUCC